CCACCAUCCACCUUCUUUCUUCCCCCCCAUCACCCCAUCCCUACUCCUCUCUUUCUCACCACAAUCACUCGCAAACAUGGUGAAGAGGAAGUUGGGGGCCUUGGAAAAGGUCGAAGCUGACCUGCCGAAUCUUCAGCACAAGAUUAGACGAGACCCGAAGUCCUACAUCGAGGAUUUCCGCGCUCAGCACUACCAAUAUGAGAGUCACCGCGAGAUCUUCAUGGCGGCGCCUUCGUCGGCCACCGAUACGGGUAUCAUCUCGCUUCGUGAAUUGAUCGAUUUCAUUGCCCACGUGGCCGACUGCUACCCGGAGAUCACCAAGGACUUUCCUCAGCAAUUGAUGGAUAUCCUCACCCAGCAUCACCUGAUUUUGCAGCCGGAGUUGCGCGAGAAGAUCGUCGGAAGUUUGGUACUUCUGAGAAAGAAGGAGCUUCUGGACUCCGCGACUCUGCUUCAGACGCUGUUCCCUAUCCUCAUUUCUACGCCUAGCAAGACACUGCGCGCAUUACUGUUCCAGAAGAUCCUGAUGGACCUGCGUUCGUCCAACGCGAAGUCUACUAAUCACAAACUCAACCGUACCAUGCAGACCGUCUUAUACAACCUGGUCACCUCCGACCGCACCUCCUCCAAAGGCCUGUGGGCUAUCAAGCUUACGCGUGAACUGUGGAAGCGCCAGAUCUGGACCGAUGCUAAGGCGGUUGAAGUCAUGAAGGAGGCCAGUUUGGCCACCAACGACAAGGUCAUUGUUGGUGGAGUCCGCUUCUUCCUUGGUGGAGACAAGGAGCGUGAGGAGAUGGAGGAUGAGAGCAGCGACGAAGAGGCCAUCGAUAUGGGACGAGUCAAGCACGUUGUCGGUAUUAACAAGAAAACCAAGAAGAAGGCUCGCGCGGUCGAGAAGGCCAGAGCCACCGUCAAGCGCCGUGAGCGCAAGAAGAGCCAACCGCACCCCUUGAACUUCUCCGCGCUCCACCUGUUGCACGAUCCCCAGGGAUACGCGGAGAGCUUGUUCUCCAAGCACCUCCAGAACACCAAGUCGAAGCUGAACCUGGACCAAAAGCUGUUGGUUCUCCAGCUUGUGACCCGUCUCGUCGGUCUGCACAAGCUUCACAUCAUGCACCUGUACUCCUACUUCCAAAAAUACCUUACGCCCCGCCAGCCCUCCGUCACCUCGUUCUUGGCUUCCCUUGCGCAGGCCUCCCAUGACCUGGUCCCCCCGGAUGACCUUGAGCCCUUGGUCCAGAAGAUUGCCAAUGAGUUCGUCUCCGAAGCUUCGGCGGCCGAGGUCGCAUCGGCCGGUCUCAAUGCUAUCCGAGAGAUUUGCGCGCGACAGCCUCUCGCGAUGAACGAGACCCUUCUGCAGGAUCUUGUCAUGUACAGGAAGAGUAAGGACAAAGGUGUGGUGAUGGCUGCUCGUGGUCUGCUCAGUCUGUUCCGUGAACUCAACCCUGAAUGGCUCAAGAGACGGGAUCGUGGAAAGGAAGCCUCUAUGGGUCUGCGAUCCGGAGAGAAGAAGGAGAAGCGCUUUGCGGAGCAAGCGGCUGGCGGUAUCGAGGGUCUGGAGCUGCUCGAGCAAUGGAAGGAAGAGGAGCGCCGCAAGCGGAGGGCUGAGAAGGGCUUGCCAUCUGACGCGGAAGAUGACGAGGAAGACGAAGACAACUGGGACGCCUGGAACGUCGAGUCGGACGAAGACAGCGAUGACUCUGAUGGCUGGAUUCAGGUGCAGAGCGACGCUGAAAUCGAACUGAGCGACUCCGAUGACGACGAAGAUAGCAAACGUCCGAAGAAGAAGGCCAAGUCGGAUGAAGAGGCUGGUGCAGAGGCGACCACUGAGGCGACCGAGGAGACCAAGGAGGAGAAGCCCCUAGACCCGAAGCUCAGUCUGGCAGCUACUCGCAUCCUUACGCCGGCCGAUCUGGCCAAGCUGCAGGAGCUGCGCACGGAAGCGGCUGUCAACGCCCUUGCGGGUGUGAAGGGACGUCAAUCCGCAGCUAACCGCCACCACGAUGAUCCACUGACGGCUGAGGAGAUUGAGGGUCUGGCUGCUCUGUCUGCGGGCAAGGCCACGCGCGAGGAACGUAUUGCCCAUGCCAGGGAGGGCAAGACCGAACGGUCUGAGCACAAGAGUGUGACUGCUAAGCGCAAGGAGAAGAAGGAUUCGCAGGGCAAGAGUACGACCAACAAGGAGAAGGCUCGCAAGAAGAACUUUUUGAUGACUCUGGGCAAGGCGAAGACUAAGAACAAGCGGAGUUUGGUGCAGACGCGGGCGGUGCUGAAGGCGCACCAGGAGCGGGCGAAGCGUGGUGGUCGUCGGGGAAACACUGGU